AUGGAGAGGCUUGUCUCGUUUAGACAGUCAUACAGAAGCGUGGGUGUCAGAGCUGCCUGGACACAAAGUUUGUCCCCUGUGAUGACGCGUGUGUGUUCCCCUACAGAUGUGUCUCCUGCAGCAGUACAGGCUCCCUGCUGUAUGUGUAACUGUAAGAGCACCUUACAGGCCAUUCUACAGGAGAUACGCACCAUGAGGAGGCUAAUGCAAACACAGAAAGGUUCCCAGGAGAAGCAAGAGCACACGACCCCUCCCUGGCCGCCUUGCCCUGUCUCCCCAGCCCCAUGCCGCAGACCCCGCAAGAGACGCCCCGUUCACAAGGUGGCUCCAAUGAGUGCACCCAGUAAGAGGGCAGCUGUUCCCCCUCUCCCCCCAUGUUUACCCCUGGAGCCCGGGGGGAGGAGGGAGACGGGGUGCAGAGAGAUGGAGAGGCCUGUGCACACCCCUGCCUCACCCGCUACCUCCACCUCACCUGACCUCUCAGUACCAACCCUCUCCAUGCAGAACAAGCCCAUCCCCAGUGAUGAAAUGCAUCUAGCGGAGGACUACGAGGUGUUUAUCCCUAAGGCCCAGCUGGACUCAAUCCUGGUCAACUACACACACGCUCUGGCAGCCUGCUCUUCAGGAAGCUGGUAGGUCUUAUUAACCUUAUCAAUGACUUUAUUGACUUUGUUCAUGUUGAUUGACACACCUUCCAUCUUGGUCACAGGUGUGCACCUUCUUUGCCGACACCACGCUCGCUAACUCACUGCCCAAUGGCAAGAGGAAGAGAGGUCUGAACGACCACAGGAAAGGACUGGACCAGAACAUUGUGGGAGCCAUUAAAGGUAGAAAAGAGAGAGAGUGAGAGAGAAAGAGAGAGAGAGAGAAAGGGGUGGGGGGAGAGAGAGAUGGGGAAUAGAGCGAGAGAGAGACAGGUGAUGUCUAUUUGUUUUGUUGGGUCUUCUGUUAAUCUCCCGUGCUCUGUCUAGUGUUUACAGAGGAGUACUGCACAGCUCACAGAAUAGAGAAGCUGCUGGGCCCUCGAGACUGGGUCCAGAUACUACAGGACCAGAUCAAACUGUCCCGCAGACGCCUUAAAGAGAGGUAGGGGUGUGUGUAUGUGUGUAUGUGUUCAGAAGGUGCCUUACUGAAACUGUUGUUUUGUUGACUCCGCAGAGGCUACAGACCCUGAGGACAUCUUCAACGAACAGGUACACACAGUCGCUGAACCUGCCUUUCCCCUGCCCCUCCCUCACUUACCCAUCUUUCAUCCGUCACUGGUUUAUGCACUUUGGGUGUAAUGGCUCUGUCUUUGGCCUGUAUGUCAUAGUGAGGUCAUCCACCUGACAUCUGACAUUCUCAUCUCAAACUCCCAAAAUGUCAGCUAAUUAGUUUCACACUGUGCUCCUCUCUCUCCUGCUCCUCUCUCUUUCAAUUAUCUCUUUCACACACACUCCCAAAAUGUCAGCUAAUUAGUUUCACACUGUGCUCCUCUCUCUCCUGCUCCUCUCUCUUUCAAUUAUCUCUUUCACACACACUCCCCUUCUCUCUCCUUUGUCUCUCACUCUCUUUCACCAAUCCCGCUACUCUCUUUCUCAUGUCUCCCAUAUUUAGGUCUCUCACACUAUUUAUUUCUCAUUCUUUCCCUCUCUCCCUCGCCUUUUCUCUCUUUUGCCCUCUACAACUGUUUCUGUCUUCCAUUCCUCUCUUUACCCUGCUCCUUCCCUCCGUCUGUCUAUACUGCUCUAUUACCUCAUGGCUUAUCAGUCCAGCAGUUCUGUAACAGUAGGGUGGGGGAAGUGGACACUGUCCAGAGGAUUUACUGGACUGGACUGUGUUAAACUGGACUAAGCUCACCACAUUUAACAGCAGCUCUCAUAGGAGAACAGCAGUACACUGGAGACUAGCAAACGAUCUACAUUCACUAUAGUAUCGUAAUUAACGCUUUAUUGAACAGCUGUAUGCUUUUUAACUGUGAAAAUAAACUGUGAGGUGACACUUUCCACAGUAUCAUUUCAUUUUCCCCAUUUUGUAACGGCCUUACACACCUUUUAUUUACGUUUUCUUUAAUUUUAUUUGUUGUAUUUUGAUGUGGAUUGCUAGCUAUGAUGAUGUCAUCUUCUUGCAAUAAAAUCUCUUCAGCUGUCUGGAGAGAGGGGGGAGAGGGAGUUUCUAACAACAGGUAACACCACACACACACACACACACUUUCGCUUAUAAUUUGUUUUCGUACAUUUCAUUCAAUAAUGUUUUAAUUGUAAGCGUAAAAAUGUGUCAUGUAAGCUGUGACUACAACAAGCCAGCAAGUUUGGUAGAGGUGGGGAAGAAUGUGACUGAUUGA